UUGCAGAGGAAGGAAGUUUGUUUGUUCUGUUAUUAAUGGGGCCCAUUCAGGGCUUGACAGCUGUGCUCUUCCUGCUGCUUGAUAUUUGUGCUGGACAAAGGAUGGUAACUAUUCAGAAGGGUCGUCUUUAUCGGACCAAAGGCUACCACAUCACCAUCUGGUGCAAUGUCAGUGGCUACGGAGGGCCACUGGAGCAGACUUUCCAGUGGUCCGUGUAUCAGGCGUCUACCCCACAGAUAGAAUGGCAGCUGAUCAGCACUAGUGACUCCAAUUUCCCUUAUGCUGUCUACGGUAAGCGUGUCAGGAGGGGAGAAAUCUAUGUAGAGAGGAUCCACGGGGAUUCUGUCCUGCUGCACAUCACUAACCUUCUGGAUGAGGAUGCUGGCGAGUAUGAGUGCCACACACCCAGCACAGAUGAAGGCUACCUUGGGACUUACAGUGCCAAAACGAAUCUUUCAGUAAUCCCAGACACACUGUCUGCUACCAUGGAGCCCCAGGAUCUCAUCCACAAUGAAGGAGAUUCAUUAGAACUCAUUUGUGAAGUGUCAACAGCAACAGCCCAACAUGUCCAUCUUUCUGUUGCCUGGUACCUUAUUCAAGGAGAUGGAGAAGUCCAGGAAAUCCUUUCCCUGUCAAGAGAUUUUGUCUUGAUUGCGGGAUCUUCCUACAAACAGAGGGUUUCCUCAGGAGACAUCAGGCUAGACAAAAUUGGAGACAAAAAGUAUAAAUUGUCUAUUGUUAAGAUACUGCCCUCGGACCAGGGGAAAAUGUAUUGUGAAGCAGUAGAGUGGAUUCAAGAUCCUGAUGAAACUUGGAAAGAUAUUGCUCGGAAACGGACAAAGAACACUUCUCUGACUGUCAGGAGCCUUGUUUUACUUAUCUACUUAACCUGCUGUCUAUUGUUCAUAGAAAGCCGCUUGAAAUUGAUUCUGUGGGUAAAUGAGGAACGAAUAAUAGAAGGAGCAGCUUUAAACUUCCACUGUAAUGCAAGUGUGGCUGGAAAUUCUUUGUCUGUGAAAUGGUGGCAUAUCUCAAAGGACAGAAGCCCUCCAGUGCUCAUAGCCAACAUGGAUCAAGAGGGCACGUUAAAGAUAGGAUCUUUUUACCUGGAGCACAGUGCUCGUGGUGACCUCAGAUUAGAAAAGGUGGACUCUUCUACGUUUACUUUGACCAUCUAUAACACUUCAGCUACAGAUGAUUCAGGGCUUUAUCGUUGUGAAGUUACGGAGUGGUUCAAGGGCAGAAGCUGGAAACACGCUCAGGACAUCUCAGCCAACAUUGAACCACUGGGGAUGAAUUUGAAAGCUGUACUGAUUGGCAGAGUUGCAAAUGUAAAACUGCAUGAAGAUUUUGAACUGUACUGUAAGGUGUCAAUUAACCACAGCACCAACGAAGUGCCUAUGUCUAUCAUCUGGCUCUUCCACCCCAGCUCAGCCCUGAGUGGCUAUCAGCAAGUGGUGAAAAUCACUGCAGGAGGCACUGUUGAAUGGGGAUCAGCCCUUUUGCACUUCCACAAGAAAACCAAGAUUACCAAAUCCUCCUCUUCAUCCCGACUCCUAAUCCAUGGUGCUACAUGGCAAGAUGCAGGGAUAUAUAAGUGUGAAGUAGAAGUCAGGAAAAGUUCUCAGCAAGCCAGAGAUUUGGGUACAGAAGCAACUGCAGUUGCAUCUUCUAAUCCUGUUGAAAUAAAAGUCACCCAACCAGAAAGCAAGCUAAGAGUCAGCCUGGACACUAAGGGUCUGGAACUCUCUACAAAUGAUGCUACAGAAAUCAAAUGUGAAAUCAUCUCAUUGAACAAAGAGGAGUCUCAGUUGGGAGUUUCUUGGUACUUUCAGCCAUUGUCUCUAGUGGAUACAGUCCCACUGCUCAUUUUAGCAACCAAUUAUAGUAACAUAGUUGAAUAUGGGGAAGCAUUCAGUUCUCCUCAGAAGAAAUUCAGAUUCCAUAGCAAGAAGGUCUCCAGUCACCUGUACCAGCUGUAUAUUCUGUCAGUGGAGCCUGAUGUCAGUGGCAUCUAUUACUGUGUGGUAGAGGAAUGGAUCUGGUCAGUGGAUAGUGGCUGGCACAACCUUGGAAAGAUGGAAUCAGGAAGAACUACUGUGAGUUUCAAGCCUUCAGAAAGAAAGCUACACAUCGAAAGUACAAACCACAGCAUUAUUGUCACUGAAAAUGAUGAUGUGACCCUGAAAUGUCUCCUGAAGAGCCAAAUACAUCCCACCUCUCACUUCUCCAUCAGUUGGUUCAAAGUGUCAAACCAUUCCAAUAACGAAGCCCUGCUGAAAAUAAAAGACAAUGGCAUCAUUGAGUAUGGCAAUGGGAAGAUGGCAAGGAGGUUGCACCCCCACUGCCCUUCUACUGGUAACUUUUAUUUGACAAUACAGAAUGUAGAGGCGGUUGAUUCUGGACUGUUCUACUGCCAAGUGGAAGAAUGGGCACUCAACUGUAGCACAGCUCAAGUCCUACGAGCAUCAGUAGAAUCUGGACACAGCGAGGUCUGCUAUUCUGCAUCACUCUUCCAUUUCCUUUUGUUCUACCCUCUGGUAAUGUUCCUUAUUUUGAUGGCUGCCAUUCUCUUCUUAUGCUUCAAAAUCAAAUCCAUCCAGCAAAAACAAUGGAAUCUGAAGACAAAACAAGAAUUUUGUGAGGAGACUGGACUAGUGGAACCCACCCAUCAACAACUGAGUGGCAAAAGGAGUAACAGCAUAGGAAAGGAAGAGACUAGUAGUCUUAAGGGCAGUGUGGUAGAUUGAACAUUUAGUGAAGAGAAGAUUACACCAUCCAAUGAAGCAACAGUUUCAAAUGCCUUUUUUAAAUUGAGUUGGAUAAGGACAGUAAUUGCCUCCACAGGGAGUGGAAGUAGCCUUGAUUUCAGACAGCUAGCUCUUCACAUCUUGUGAAAACCACGUAACUAGGAAUGUUUAGAAUUCUACUCUAUGUUUUUGUUUGUUCUACCAUACCUGAAUCUUGAUCAAUUUCAAUCUGGGUUUUAUUUAUGGGUCAGGCUUGCUGUUUCCACAAUGGGAACCUGGACAGUUGUAAUAUUUUGUAAUAAAACCAAAAUUUGCCUUGG